GAUCAUUCUACCUUCUCGCACAUCAACGCCAGGACAUACGAGUAUGACGGACUUGGCGACUCAAUUGGCUAUGGAACAGGAGAAGAACCGCCGCCUCCAGGCUGAAGUCGAUCGCUUGCGCAAGGCUGUCGUUACCGCGUCGCUCGAAGCCGAGAAAGAAGAGGAGUUCAUCGUGAACUCGUUCAUCCGUCGCAUGGAACAAAAGCAAAAAGCGAUGGCGGCGGCGGCUGCAGCGAAGGCGUCAAGGACACAACCCGCUCUGCACGUCCAGCGCCUGGCACCGCCUCAUCGCGACUCGUACUACGAGGCGGAGAUGAAGCGGCUUCGCGAUGACAAGGUUGCACUGGGCGUUCGCUUCGAGCAGGAACAAGAGUCCAUGUUGAAUCGAUUGAUGCGGCAGUUCAAAUCGACAAGCGCAAAGCAGAAGCGACUGAACCGAGGUCCUGUGGCCGCCGUUGCAUGCUAGCACCACGCCUCCCAUGUAUGUAACCAAGUACAGAACCGUCGGGCACAAUAAUUAUAUUUCCUUAUUACAUGUUUAUGACUGUGGCCAGCCUUUCGACCCGACUACCCAGCCCCAUUUCGAGUCGACGUUUCAAGUGUGUGUGCAAUAUGUACUGCAUUGUGUCAACCUGAAAUAUUACAAUAUUCUGGUCCAAAACGCCAUUUUGGGGCCGAAAUCAAUAAAUCUUAUCAAAAGUGAAACAUGUCUUGCUUGAAGAGUUUUAACCCAAAUCGAAUACUUCGAAGUAAUUCCAAGUGGAAUUUACUCCUUGAGGUGGUCCAAAACGCCGCAAAAUCGACCUUUUACCUCCAUUUUGAAACUGGCAUUUUUCGUUUAUCCCAUUUUGCCAAAAAAUAGAAUAUAUUUUUGAAAAGUAACCACACGGGCCCUUAGUAUUGUGAAUAUUUCACCCAAACUUGGACUUGUGUGUGUCAUGUCGCCAAAUAUUAAUAGCAUUCGAAACCACUUGAUCUCAUUUAAGCUGGCACAAACUAUACAAUAC